UUGACUUUUUCAUUAAUGAAAAAGCACAUUUUUAUAAACAAUGUGAUCUAAGUGUAUGUCAGGUAUAGCUGAGAUAUCGUCAUUGAUCUAAAGAGACAUUGGAACAGCCUAAAAAGUUGAGAAUGAGCCUCUGUUAAAGAAGGAAAGGAAUAUUUUCUUAAAUUAAGGAUUCUUUUCAGCUUAUUUAUUAAAAUACCUUUUUAAUUAAAAAUAAUUUGAAGGACAGUAUUUAGAUUUAAGGGGAAAAGAGCUCAUAUUUUUAGUUUGUAUUUAGUUUUCACUACUUAGUUUCUUUUGUUGUUACUUUGUGUAUUGUUUUCCAUAGACUUGUAACACAGUGAACAAUUAAUCAUUUACUUCUCAGCAGAGCUAGCUGUACCUUGCUUUUAAUGUAUCCUACACUGUGAUGGUUUGGUGCUGCAGGAAUGCAUUUUUAGGAGUGCAUUUUUAACAGCUGAAGCUUAGGUACAACACCCUUAGGGAAAACACUAGUAAAAUACCUCCUACUGAGAACUUUGCCUUGUUCUGGUAUCUAUAAGCUGCUGGUAUUUACAUAGAAGCUGGUUUUUUUUUGGGGGGGGGAGUGUUUUGGUGCUUUAGAAACAAAUUUUAGCCUUUUCUUCUGUAGGAUAUUCUUUGUUAGGCAUUGCAUGAUACGUCUCGUAUUGCUUCACAUUUGACAAGAAAAAUAAAAAAUUAACGGUGUCACUGACAUUGUUUCCCAAAAUUUGCUGAACCAAGAGCUGCAGAAGUAAUUAAAGAAAUCAGUGGAGUUAUGUGCUUGGGAACAGGGAACAUCCAGUUUAUCCAUAGACCUAAUUACAUGAUGUGGUACUACCUGAUAGCUGUUCAUUGAAAUUUGGAUCUCAGGGACAACACAAAUUGUCUGCAGACUUAUUGUCUUGAUAAUUUUGUAUUUCUCAGGAAAGGAGAUUGCUUAGUAGAAACAGUAUGAACCCAUAACAUUUAUGACUUCAUCAGAUUUAAAUUAUUCUGGGUUUGUACAUUGAUUUCUUGAGAAUUCUUCACUAAACAGGUAACACUGCCUAUUCAAGAGACUAUGAAACCAAUGUUUCUCAAUGUUAUAAAGCUGUGUUUUCUUCAUAUUAUUAUUGCUUAUGUAUAAAUUUCUGUCAGUUUACAGUCAUAGUCAAAAUAAAAAUAUAUUGUAGUGAAUUUCCCCAUCCUGGUGCAUAUAAUCUGAUUCAAAAUAAACUGCUCCUCCAGAAAGGGUACAGAGUAAAUACUUUAGUGUUCCAUGUCCUCUUAGGAAAAACUAUUAUAUAAAUAAAUGUUUUUUAAAUACUUUUAAACACUUUUCACAAGCGUCUUCCAAGUUCUAGUGUUUCUACUUCGUAUGUUUUUGAGGCAGGGUGGCAAGAGUGCCAGUGGAAUGACCCUUAAUCUAAAAUCUUUCAUCAACCUCAACCCUGCUGAAAGCUGAAUAUAAAGGAGGUUCAACAUGAAAUCCUCAUCCUUGGAGGGCAUUAAGUAGGAAAUAAGCAUGACUUUGCACAACCUGAAUUUUGGUGUUUUGCUUUUGACCAAACAGUUCUGAGCUAUUAAGGAAUGACCAGCACUAUGGAAGAGUUAAAAACAUUUGCUCCUGUGAUGAUAUUUUUUCUAUUAGUGUCCAGAAAAUGAUGAAUAUAAAACCAAUUCUAGCCUCUUGGAAUGUGUUUCAGUUUGCUUGUUUGGUGGUUUUUUUUCUCUCCAAGUUCUACCCUGACUUAUUGGGGAUUGAACAGGAUAGUAUCACUCAGAUGAUUUCCUUUUUCGCUCCCAAAUCUGAAAACCAAGAAUGAAUCAUAAGAAAAUAAAAGAGUGAACUAGCAAAUCAAGACAAAAAUCCAGCAGUAACAUGAGUUUUCUUUCACUAAAAUAGCUUUUAUGGAGACUUAAAAAUUCCUGUCUAUGGAAGAAGAUUCCAUUUGAUGACUUGUGUUUUCAGAGGUUACCUUGGAAAGUCAUAUACCACCUUCCUGUGAUUUUUUGUAGUAAUAGAAGUACUAACAUUAUGUAUACUGAGAAGAAAAAAAAUAUGAUUGUGUUGUAACAGAAGUUGAUUUCCUAUAGAUAGAGUUUGCUUUCAAAUUGAAUGUCAGAAUAAUAGGAUAUUUCAUUUAAGUAUGGCUUGAAUUUUGAUGUUAAGUUGUUAAGCUAGAAAUAUUUUUGUAUCCCUCUAGUGUGAAAAGACUUGGAACUUAAUGAAACAGCUGGAAGAUCUUCAAACAAUUUCUCACAUUAAAUAUCUGCAGGAAGAUAUUUAUACAAUGAAAACAUGGUCUAGCAGCAUAAUUAAAAAGCAAGAAGAACUAGAGAAGAAUUUAACAAGCCUUUUUCAUGCAGUUUCAAGCACUGAACAGAAUGCAGUUUCUAUAGCAAAGAAUGUAACAUUGACAAUUGUGACAGUAAAAACUGACAUAAGACGCAUUUCAGGCCUGGUCUCAGAAAUUACUACACUGACGGAUUCUUUACUAACACUAGAAGAUAAAGUAGAAAAAGGUGAAAAGGCAACAGUAAAAAAUAUAAGUGACCUCCUUACCAGCAGCAUCGACCGAAGUACAGAAAUCCAAAGCCUGGCAUCCAAUAACGCAAAAAAAAUUGAGCAAAUUAAGACAGCACUGUCCGAGUUAAGGAGUGAUUUUAACAAGCAUUCUAACAGACUUUUGAAUCUUGAAGGUGACAGAGCAAAAGUUCUGAAGACAGUUACAUUUGCAAAUGAUUUAAAACCUAAGAUGUUCAAAGUUAAAAAGGAGUUUGCCAUCUUGGAGCCCUUAAUAAAUGACCUAACACUGAGAAUAGGAAGAUUAGUGGAGGAGGUGUUGCGACGGGAGAAGGAAAUUGCUUUACUGAAUGAGAAACUGGCCAAUCUAACAACAGUUCAAACCAAGAUCAAAGAUGUGAAAGAUGAAAUAACCAAGAUUUCAGACAUUAAUUGAUCACUGAAUGGCCACUGCCUGAAGAAUAGUGUUGGAGGAGUGUUAACUCCCAUCAUGUGAAGUACUGAGAAGACAGACAAUAUUUAAAGGCUUCAUUUAGAAGCACACCUAGACCUGAAAUUUGUCUGAUUCCUUGGAACAGGACAGGAAAAAGUCAUACUUAUUUCAAGGGAGAAAAAAUAAUGUGAACAAAAAACUUAUCUCUCUGCAUGUAUUUUUCUGAAGGAUGACAGAUGCUAUAUUUAAUAAAUUGCUUGUUUUGUACAAUAAAGCAAUGUUAAAGUGUAAAAUUAUGUUCUUACCUUAAGAGUUUGCUUUCAUGAAGAAAGCAGGACCCAAGAAUGACAGAUCUCCAGUUUUGCUUUCCUGCUGCAAAGGAAGGGAUAGAAUUGUGGUUUCCAACUAAACAAGAGGUAAU